GGUGUGCUUCGGUUUCCGCAAUUUUGUCAAUCAAAUCAGGCCAAUCAAACUUUUAUGAUUCCUUAAAGGCGAGAAAUUGAAACCCAAUUAAUUGUAGUAUUCCCGUUAUUUUCACUUACUCAGCUUCCUACGCCAUAUAGUUUGAACACUGCUAAAAAGAAAUCAAUAAAGUGUGACACCACAGUAAUUUUGCAAUUGUUUAGCCAAGUCACGGACGCCAGAGUUGGCCAAAUCCAAGCAUCAUUUAAGUCUAACCCAAGUAAUCAUCUUCCCGGAGGAUUCCACAACGUCUCUGCUCUUUAAAAGAGCCUGGUUUCAUAUACCCAGAUUGUAUUUUGUUGUUGGGGAUCUGAUUUGAAGAUUUUUUUUGAAAAAAAUGGGGAGUUUGGGAGCGCUUGUGAAAUACCCUAAUGAUUUUUAUCCAUUGUUGAAGCUGAAAAUGGCUGCGAGGCAUGCCGAGAAACAGAUCCCAUCGGAGCCUCACUGGGCUUUCUGUUUCUCCAUGCUUCACAAAGUUUCUCGUAGUUUCGCUCUCGUUAUUCAACAGCUUGACACCCAGCUUAGAAACGCCGUCUGCAUAUUUUAUUUGGUUCUUCGAGCCCUUGAUACUGUUGAGGAUGACACCAGCAUAGCAACAGAUGUCAAAGUUCCAAUCCUUAAAGACUUUUAUCGUCACAUAUAUAAUCGUGACUGGCACUUUUCAUGUGGUAUAAAGGACUACAAAGUUCUCAUGGACCAGUUUCAUCUUGUAUCUACUGCUUUUCUGGAACUUGAAAAAGGUUAUCAGGAGGCAAUUGAGGACAUUACUAAAAGAAUGGGUGCAGGGAUGGCAAAAUUUAUUUGCAAGGAGGUAGAAACAGUUGAUGACUAUGAUGAAUAUUGUCACUAUGUAGCAGGACUUGUUGGAUUAGGUCUGUCCAAGCUUUUCCAUGCCUAUGGGUCAGAAGAUUUGGCUCCAGACUCUCUCUCUAAUUCAAUGGGUUUAUUUCUUCAGAAAACAAAUAUUAUCCGAGAUUAUCUAGAGGAUAUUAAUGAGAUACCAAAGUCGCGCAUGUUUUGGCCUCGCCAGAUUUGGAGUAAAUAUGUCAACAAACUUGAGGACUUGAAAUAUGAGGAAAACUCAGUCAAGGCAGUGCAGUGCUUGAAUGACAUGAUCACUGAUGCUUUAAUACAUGUAGAUGAUUGCCUGAAGUACAUGUCUGCUUUACAUGAUCCUGCAAUAUUCCGGUUUUGUGCUAUCCCUCAGGUCAUGGCUAUUGGAACACUAACCUUGUGCUACAACAACAUUGAAGUCUUCAGAGGUGUUGUGAAAAUGAGGCGUGGUCUCACUGCAAAAGUCAUUGACCGAACAAACACAAUGGCUGAUGUCUAUGGUGCUUUCUAUGAUUUUUCUUGUAUGUUGAAAGCCAAGGUCGACAAUAAGGAUCCUAAUGCGCAAAAAACAUUGAGCAGACUGGAUUCAAUCCUGAAGACUUGCAGGGACUCAGGAGUCCUGAAUACAAGAAAAUCUUGCAUAAUUCAGAAUCAGUCCAAUUACACUCCACUUCUGGCUGUCAUGCUAUUCAUUAUAUUGGCCAUCACUUUGGCUAAUCUGAGUCCCAACUGGCCAAAUAACUAGUAAGUUCAAUUACCGAAUAAUGAGAAGAUCAGUCUAUUAAUUAUCAGAAAAUACGCCCUUCCCUUUGGUCUCGUUGUUUUCCUCUUCCAAUAGGGCUAUGCUUUAUCCUAGUACAUGUGUUGUCUCGUGAAGGUUUUUUUUUUUUUUUAAUUUUUUUCUAUAUUUGUAUACAAUGCUAUGAAGAAGCUACACAUAACUGUACAUCUGAUGUUGUUCCCCUAAUGUCCAAGGAAAUUAGCCUAAAGCUAUGACGCUGUUGUAUCUUUUUUCUUUUAUGUUUGGAAAGGAAAUCCAGCGAGUUUUCAACCAUAGAAAAGAGGGGAAUAAUGUAUGGAUGCAUUAACAGUUGUGGCUUCCUUAUAAGAUAUUGGAAGAAGAAUUUAAGAGGACAUGGAUAUUCCUCAA